UCAGUAUUUCAUGUUGCCUUUCUCUGCAUCUCCCACUCCCCGUUUUCUUCUCAGUGUGCCUCUCUUCCCCCAUUUUUCUGUGCAUCUCUUCCUCUCAUUAGCCCUCAUCAGACUGAGAGAGGAGUUCACUAUUGUGUAUCCAGCGUCCAUUUUUUCAGGAUGAUGUUUUCUCAAGAGCAUCAGGCGGUGAUGGCUGGCAGUAUACCUCUCUGAGUGGUUAAAUAUUUCACGGACGCCGGCAAAGAGAAGAGACAGAAGGAGAGAGAAACCUCCCAACACAACCGACAGAGGGUGGAGGAGGGGACUGGUGGCAGCAGAAAAUGGCUACUAUGACUACGGUACCCAGCUAUAACCCUUCGCUGUGGGUGAGAAUAUGUCACGCCCUGCCCCGGCUGGACUUCUCCAUGCAGAUGAGGGACAACGUCUUUGUCCCUGUCAGCUGGGAGUACCAGCAGACUUUGCUGGUUUUGUCCAGUUUAUCAGCCAUCGCUCUUGUUAUCUCCCUAUUGGUGGUUCUCUCCUUCCUCAUACACUACUGCUGCUGUCACCGUGGUGACCGGAACGAAGGAUCAGAAGAAGAGGAGGAGGAUGAGGAUGGCAGCACGGGUCACGGUUACAGUGGGAAGAAGGGGCGGGGAAUCUGCUGUGUCACGUGGGUGGCGGUGGCGGCUGUCACGCUCUGCUGUGUUGCCAUAGGCAUCGGUUUCUAUGGCAACAGUGAGGCUAAUGAUGGGAUGUAUCAGUUGACCUCGUCUCUUCUCACAGCCAAUUAUACGCUAGCUUCCAUCGAUCUGCUGAUUUCAGACACAAUUACUGGACUUCAGCUGUCUAUCUCUGGACCACUGGCCUCGAUGGAGGAGUUAUUUACUGGCAGCAAACCCUUCCUGGUUUCGACGCGGAACUGCCGGAGGUUAUCUGAGAACGUCAUCAACCUCCUCUCCUCCAUCUCCCUGGCUCGGUCCAGCAUUGACACUGGGCUGGGGAAUGACAGCGGUAUCAGCGGGGCGUCCAUCACGCCUCUGACCCCGGUACCGCCCUCUGUGGCGCCUACAGUGGUGCCUAACAGCGGCUUAAUGGCCAGCCCCUUCUCACCUGGCUGGGCGGCCAACACACUGAUGGUCAAUGAGGACUACAGGUGGCUGUCUUAUGUGUUGCUGCUGCUCCUUGACCUCAUAGUUUGUCUGUUCAUCCUGCUGGGACUCGCCAAACAAGCCCGUUGGCUGCUCAUCCUGAUGACAGUGCUGGCUUGGCUGGCCCUCUUCCUAAGCUGGGGCUCCCUGGGUUUGGAGACAGCCACUGUGGUGGCUCUCAGUGACUUCUGCUCAGAUCCAAACGCGUUUGUCCUUAACUCCACCCACUUCAACAGUGGGACCAGCUCAGACGUGUUGGAUUAUUACCUGACCUGCAACAGGCGCAUGAACAGUCCAUUCCAGCAGCUGCUGACCCAGUCACAGAGGGCACUCUCAAACAUUCACACACAUCUCUCCAGUCUGGACAGAAAUGCUCUCACACAGUUCCCCAAAGCUGAGAAAUCACUCAGGGAUGUUCAACAGAUACUCAACUCAACAGAGGGCAACUUUCAUCAGCUGGUGGCACUACUGAACUGCCGGGGUCUGAAUAAGGACUACAUUGACUCACUGAAAGGCCUGUGCUAUGAUGGGAUGGAGGGAUUGCUCUACCUCUCCCUUUACUCUUUUCUCUCUGCUCUGGCCUUCACUGCCAUCCUCUGCUCUCUACCUGGUGCCUGGAGGAGCUUCCCCAGUGAAUCAGAGGAGUACGAAGACUCAGACAGCGAGAGUGAGGACCCCUUCACUUCCCAUCAGGCACGUAGACAGACGUCCUCGGGGUCUCAGCGAGGGGCCAUGGCCCCCUUCUAUAAUUACCCAGGGGCAGGGUGGACACCCCCCUUUUCUAGCGCGCCGCCCCUCCCGACUCCAAACGUUUCCUCCAAUGGCAACCCUGGCUAUGAGAGCCUACCCUUGACUGACAGGCAGUCCCCACCCCCCUCUUACUCUCCCAGCAUGCUGACUGGUUACGGGGGAAGUCAAUCACACCCCAACCCCGCCCAUUCGAGGAACCUGUAUUCACGUUGAUUAUUAUUAUUUUUUGUUAGGAAAUGUAUAGAAAAAAAAAAGUUUAGUUU